AGGAGGUGUGGAGCUGCCUUUGGAGUCCUGAAUGCGCUCAGACCCGUCAUUCAGCUUCGGCCCAGGAACACCUCCGAAGCUCUGCGGCUGCGAUUAAUGGAGAAUCCGUCUGUCCGCAAACAGCACAACAUUCACCGGGAGGAUCUGACCUAAAGAAACAUGAAGUUUGCGUCCGGAGGAGCCGCGGCGCUGCUGCUGCUGCUGUUCGGCCGCUGCUGCUGCACCAGUCCCGGCGGGGGAGUGUGUCAGGGAACGAGCAAUCAGCUAACUCUGCUGGGGAAUCGUGAAAACCACUAUAACAGCAUGGUGCAGAUGUACUCCAACUGCUCUGUGGUUCUGGAGAACCUGGAGAUCACCUACACCUUGGAGCACCAGAACAUGUCCUUCCUGGAGUCUAUCCAGGAAGUUGGCGGCUAUGUUAUGAUCGCCAUGAACGAGGCAAAAACCAUCCCACUCAAAAACCUGAGGCUGAUCAGAGGACAGAACCUGUAUGCGAACCAGUUCGCUCUCCUAGUGUUGUCCAACUACAAGAAGGACAAUUCGUCUACAUCGCUCAGCUACGCCAGCGGGAUGAAACAGCUGCUGCUCAGCAAUCUGAUGGAGGUCCUAACAGGAGGUGUGAAGAUGAAAAACAAUCCUUUGCUGUGUAACGCAGACACCAUCAAGUGGGAGGACAUUUUGGACCAAGCCAGCAAUAACACAAUAAUACAUGAUACCUUUCCAAGGCAAUGUGAGAAAUGUGACCCAGGGUGUGAUAAAGGCGCUUGUUGGGCAGCGGGCCCGGAAAACUGCCAGAAAAUUACCAAGCUGCAGUGUGCACCGCAGUGCAGUGGGAGGUGCUCUGGGCCCACACCCAGCGAUUGCUGCAAUGAACACUGUGCUGCAGGCUGCACCGGACCUCUGGCCUCCAACUGCCUGGCCUGCAGGAAGUUUAACAACAGUGGGACGUGUCAGGAAAGUUGUCCUCCUCUGACACUCUAUGACCCAAAAACCCGGCAGGUGGUCAACAACCCAAACGUAAUGUACACCUUGGGCCCCAAAUGUGUCAAAGCUUGCCCAAGUCACUAUGUGGUGAUAGACAGCUCGUGCGUCCGUUCCUGCAAUCCUGGGACGUAUGAGGUGAAGGAGCAGGGAUUCCAUCGCUGCAAAGAAUGCGACGGACUUUGUCCUAAAGCCUGUGACGGAGUUGGGAUUGGCAGUCUGGUCAAGACAAUCGCAGUCAACGCCUCCAACAUCGAGUCCUUCAAGAACUGCAGCAAAAUCAACGGGGACGUCGUCCUCACCUCGUCCUCGUUCACUGGGGAUGCACACUACAAGAUCCCGCCCAUGGACCCAGAGAAGCUGGAGUACUUCAGGACAGUAAAAGAAAUCACUGGUUACCUGCUGAUCACGUCCUGGCCUGAGAAUCUGACAUCUCUGUCAGUGUUCGAGAACCUGGAGAUCAUCAGAGGAAGGUCAUUAGCUCAAAAUCAGUACAGUCUAGCGGUGGUGCAGUUGGCGCCCCUGCAGUUUCUUGGUCUGCGUUCCCUGAAGGAGAUCAGCGCUGGGAAUGUGCGGCUGAAUGGAAACCCUAAGUUGUGCUACACUGAUACCAUGCAGUGGUCCCGCCUUCUCAAUUCCACAGAGCAGAAGAUCAAAAUAAACGGCAGCCCUGACAGCAAUGACUGCAAGAUGCAGAAUCAUACCUGUCACCAGGAGUGUUCAGAAGACGGAUGCUGGGGUCCAGAGCCCACCAUGUGUAUGUCCUGUCGGCACUUUAAACGCAGCGGGCAUUGUGUUGCUCACUGCAACCUGCUGCAAGGCGAACCCAGAGAGGUGAAUGUGGCCAGCAGUUGUGUAGCGUGUCACCCAGAGUGUUUGCCGAUGACAGGGAGCCUGACCUGCAAUGGACCAGGUCCAGACCAGUGUUUGCAGUGCGCCCACUUCAGCGAUGGCCCCCACUGUGUGCGGCAGUGCUCCCAGGGUUUGACGGGAGACAAGUUGAUCUGGAAAUAUGCUGACAAAUUGGGCCAGUGCAAACCAUGCCACCAGAACUGCACCCAGGGGUGUUCUGGACCUGGACUGUCCGGAUGCAUAGGAGCUAACACACACUCUUCGCUGGCGGUGACUGUGGUCAGUGGACUCCUGGUAACUGUCAUUGUGUCACUGCUCAUCUUACUGUUGCUACGGCGACGGCGAAUCAAAAGAAAGAGGACCCUACGUCGCUUAUUGCAGGAGAGGGAGCUGGUGGAGCCGCUGACUCCGAGCGGUCAAGCCCCCAACCAGGCACUGCUGAGGAUCCUGAAGGAGACAGAGUUUAAGAAGGUCCGGGUGCUCGGCUCCGGGGCCUUUGGGACUGUCUUCAAGGGUUUAUGGAUCCCUGAAGGGGAAAAUGUCAAGAUCCCAGUGGCCAUCAAAGUUUUGAGAGAGGCCACAUCACCCAAAGCAAACCAAGAAGUCCUGGAUGAGGCGUAUGUGAUGGCGAGCGUGGAUCACCCUCAUGUGUGUCGUCUGCUGGGGAUUUGCCUGACGUCGUCAGUGCAGCUGGUGACUCAGCUGAUGCCAUACGGAUGUUUGCUGGACUACGUCCGACAACACAAGGACCACAUCUGUGCUCAGUGGAUGCUGAACUGGUGUGUCCAGAUCGCCAAGGGGAUGAGCUACCUGGAGGAGCGUCACCUGGUGCAUCGAGACUUGGCAGCGAGAAACGUCCUAUUAAAAAAUCCCAACCACGUAAAGAUCACAGACUUCGGCCUCGCCAAGCUGCUGACAGCUGAUGAGAAUGAGUAUCAAGCUGAUGGAGGGAAGGUUCCUAUAAAGUGGAUGUCAUUGGAGUCAAUCCUCCAGUGGACGUAUACCCAUCAAAGCGAUGUCUGGAGCUAUGGUGUGACAGUGUGGGAACUGAUGACGUUCGGCUCUAAACCAUACGACGGCAUCCCGGCCAGUGAGAUUGCCUCAGUGCUGGAGAGGGGGGAGCGGCUGCCUCAGCCCCCCAUUUGCACCAUCGAUGUCUACAUGAUCAUGGUGAAAUGCUGGAUGAUCGACCCGUGCUGCCGUCCCAGAUUCAGAGAGCUGGUAGGAGAGUUCUCUCAAAUGGCCCGCGAUCCAUCCAGAUACCUGGUCAUACAGGGUGACCUACCGAGUCCUUCAGACAGCAGGUUUUACUCCCGACUGCUGAGCUCGGACGACACGGAGGAUAUGGUCGAUGCAGACGAAUACCUGCUGCCAAACAAACGCGUGGGUAACCAUGACAACCAUCACUGCAGUACUACGUGUCAGAAUGGUGGUCCGGUCAGAGAGACCCUGCGAUACGUCACUGAUCCCACUCAGAACGCUCUGGAUACAGACGACUUCACCGGCCAUGACUACAUGAACCAGAGUAUGAGUGAAACCAGCCAGAGUAGCAGGCUGUCAGAGGUUUUAAAUCCCAACUACGAGGACCUGAGCCAGUGCUGUGGAGCCACCUGGCUCCCUUCUCCACUGGAGGAUACGAGGCCGUCAAGCAACGAAUAUCAGAACACAUCCCAAAGCUCACUCCCCACAGCUACAAGGGCCAACCUCCAUGACCCUGACAACGAUUCCAACAUUCUACCGCAGGCUUCAACCACAGCUUUAACUGGGAACGGUUCAUUCCUGCCGGCAGCAGAGAACUUUGAGUACCUAGGACUGGGUGCUGCACUGCAUGCUCCUGUCCGCUAGGGGGCAGCAACAUUGUCAGGCAUUCUCAGAUCCAGCUCCUGGCAGGUUGUAUAUAAACUGUUUUACUGUCAGUUCCUCCAGGAAACGCUGACUCAGCAUGUAGACUCUGAGAGCUGGAUCAGAGCCUGAAAGCUUCUGGCUACGGAGCAGAUGUUUGCUGAAGCUUAAAUCCAGCUGCAGGAUGCAAAAGCACAAAACUGAAACUGAAACUCAGAUUUUGUUGAACAAUGAGCUUAUUUAACUGUUCUGGUCCUAAAUGUGUGGAAGGACACGGCAGCAGGAUCAGACUUCAGUGACAUAUUGGACUAAAACUCAGUUAUUCCUCCGUCCAUCCACUUUGUUUCCUUUCCUCUGCAUCCUUCCCCUCCCACCAUUUGAAUGCAUCAACCAAACAAUGUCUUACAGUAGGUCAGUCAUGUCAGGCCUGCAACCAAACCUCGUUUAAACCCACAUAAAUGUUCAGAAAUACAGUUUAAUGUCAGCCAGUAAAUGAGAGGAUUUAAACAAGGAAACAAAAUAGAAGAAGUGUGAAAAUACAGUCAGAGACAUUUUUAAGGAAUAAAGAUGUUUAAAUAUGAGCAGCAGCUUCGUUCACAUGAAUAAAAUAAACUGAAACUGUUUUCUUAUCAUGAACAUUUUCUAAUAAAAUGAAGGUGAUAAAGGCGUCGACAGUGAUACAGACAGCAGGGGGCAGUAUUCUGUUGCGCUAAGAGCCAGCAGACUCCCGGUGAUGAUGAUCCACAAAAGGAUGAAGAGCAUCUGCUCUGCCUGGAAGAGUUCAAUGAGUCUAAAUCUGACGGAUUUGGAGUCCAGUCCGAGUCCAAAGAAACAGUUUUUAUUUCAUAUCUUCGUCCUGGUUUUCAUUGUGACUUUUUAAAAAAAUCCCCCAAAUGUGCAUGAAUCUACUUCUUUACCUAAAAAACUGUUUUUGUUUUGCAUUUUAACUUUUUAAAGCCCAAGUCACGAAUAAAUGGGAAGAAAAGUCUA